AUGUUUAUGAGAGCAUCCAGUGUGGAGCGCCAGAGACUGGCGGAUCGGGAUGUUGAGCGUGUUUGCAUUCUUAAGGAUGAAUGCUCUACGUUAGAAGCUGCAAAUAGUUUCGACUGGGAAAAAGAUGGAUGGGAUCCACGCAUGGUGGGUCUAUUGUCUGAUUCAUUGGUGACGUCUAGUGUACAGUCCGUUCGUAGGCUGACCAAAGAGAUGAGACAGUUGCGAAUAAAUCCCGUGAAAUAUUGUUUAGCGGCUCCUAGUGCAGAUAAUAUCUACAAAUGGACUGCAGUUAUUGAUGGACCCAAGGAUACCGUUUAUGAAGGUGGUACUUUUUUCUUAGAAAUAACUGUGCCAUCGUCAUAUCCCUUUAAUCCACCUAAGUAUUAUGAGGAUUCUCUUCAGGUACAAUUUUUGACCAGGAUAUACCAUUGCAAUAUCAAUCGUCAUGGUGUUGUGGACAUUGAUGUUUUACGUGAUAGAUGGAGCUCUUCAAUGACCAUAUCUACAAUUUUGGAAGAAGUCGUUGCACUUCUAUAUGAGUGUAAACCUGAGAAUGCGCUGCUUCCGAAUAUUGCGGAACAGUAUUGCAAUAAUCGCAGGGAAUUUGAUGUAACAGCGCGACUGUGGACGCUACGAUUCGCUUGUUAA